AUGAGCAAAUCCAGUGCCGCCGCCGUCGCCAGGAAGCUCGCCUCCGACCUCGCAUGGAAGAAGAUAUUGGGACUAUUUCUAAAUAGAAUAGCACCUGAACUUGCUUUGCUUGUACUAUUUGUCAAACAACAAGAAAACAGGGGAUCAACAGCAUUUAAGGUGCCAGGUUUUAGAGGUGCAAUAGCAAAAAUUGAGCACGGCAAAGAAUUUAAGGUGCCAGGUUUGAGAGGUGCAAUAGUGUCACCUCAGAAGAAUGUGGGCCUUGACGUCCAGGAUGGUGCAGUACAUGAAGCGCUCUAG